AUGAACCGUGGACUGUGUAAUGCUGGAAACAUGGAUGACAGCCUGUGUGACUCCAAUGUGAAGGUGGCGGUCCGUGUGCGACCAAUGAACAGGAGAGAAAAAGAUUUGAACACAAAAUGUGUGGUGGAGAUGGAAGGAAAUCAGACCAUUUUACAUCCAGCCAUUACCAAUGCAAACAAAGGUGAUCCACGCAACCAGCCUAAAGUUUUUGCUUAUGACCACUGCUUCUGGUCUAUAGAUGAUGCGCAGAAAGACAAGUUUGCAGGCCAAGAUGUGGUUUUUGAGUGCCUUGGUGAGAGUCUUCUCAACAAUGCUUUCAUGGGAUACAACGCAUGCAUCUUCGCCUAUGGACAAACAGGCUCAGGGAAGUCGUUCACCAUGAUGGGCUCCAGGGAGCAGCCCGGACUCAUCCCUCGGCUCUGCAGCGCUCUGUUCAGCCGCAUCGACCUGGAGCUGAGGGAGGGAGAGAGCUUCACUGUGGAGGUGUCCUAUAUGGAGAUCUACAACGAGAAAGUCCGCGACCUGCUGGACCCUAAAGGAAGUCGACAGGCAUUGAGAGUGAGGGAGCACAAAGUUUUUGGCCCUUAUGUGGACGGACUCUCACGUCUGGCUGUCUCCUGCUAUAAGGACAUUGAGUCUCUGAUGUCGGAGGGAAAUAAAUCUCGAACAGUGGCCGCAACAAACAUGAACGAGGAGAGCAGCCGAUCUCACGCAGUCUUCAACAUCAUUCUCACACACACACUACGGGAUCUGAAAUCAGGGACAAGCGGAGAAAAAGUGAGCAAGCUGAGUCUGGUGGAUCUGGCCGGCAGUGAGAGGGCAGCAAAAACCGGAGCUGCAGGAGAGAGGCUGAAAGAAGGCAGUAACAUUAACAAAUCCCUGAGUACUUUGGGUCUUGUGAUCUCGGCCUUGGCUGACCAGGGAGCGGGAAGAAACAAGUUUGUUCCUUACAGAGACUCUGUGCUCACCUGGCUGCUCAAGGACAGUCUUGGAGGUAACAGCCGCACCGCCAUGGUUGCCACGGUGAGCCCGGCAGCGGAUAACUACGACGAGACUCUGUCCACGCUGAGGUACGCGGAUCGAGCCAAAAGCAUCGUGAACCAUGCGGUUAUCAAUGAAGACCCCAACGCCAGGAUCAUCCGCGAGCUGAGGGAGGAGGUGGAGAAGCUCCGUGAACAGCUCACAGAGGCAGAGUCGAUGAAGGCCCCAGAUCUGAAAGAGCGCCUUGAGGAGUCUGAGAAGCUGAUCCAAGAGAUGACUGUGACCUGGGAGGAUAAGCUUCGCAAGACUGAGGCCAUUGCUCAGGAGCGUCAAAAGCAGCUGGAGAGCCUGGGCAUCUCUCUGCAGUCCUCAGGCAUCAGAGUGGUCGAUGACAAGUGCUUCCUGGUCAAUCUCAACGCUGACCCUGCCCUCAAUGAACUGCUUGUGUACUACCUCAAGAAUCACACUCGGGUGGGCUCGGCUAAGUCCCAGGACAUCCAGCUGUGUGGGAUGGCCAUUCAGGCUGAGCACUGUGUCAUUGACAUCAGCGAAACCACUGUGGUCCUGACCCCUCACCGCAAUGCCCGAACUUGUGUGAAUGGCUCUGCAUUGACCAGUCCGGUGCAGCUGCAUCACGGAGACCGAAUCCUGUGGGGAAACAACCACUUCUUUAGGAUAAGUCUGCCUAGGAACAAAGCUCUGAGUGCGGCCGAGGGGGAGGAGAGCUCUGGGCCUAAACCCAGUCUAAGCGCGGACCGUCUGGAUGUGGACCACUAUGGCUUCAACGAUGCCUCCAGCGAGCGGAGUUUCAGCUACGAGUCGGCGCAGGCAGAAGUCAUGAUGAAGACCAUGGGCAGCAAUGACCCGUUGCAGUCAGUUCUGCAGACGCUGGAGCGGCAGCAUGAGGAGGAGAAGCGCUGUGCUCUGGAGAGACAGCGGCUGAUGUACGAACAGGAGCUUCAGCAGCUCAGACAGAAACUUACCCCAGAGAAACCCUCCAAUCUGCUGGAACCAGGAACUUCUGCCACUAAUACUGCCACCGGCCCUGAGAGACGCUCCCGCCGCUGGAGUGAGGACAGAGAGGCAAUGAUGACCCGGAGCCUGCGUCGCCUCAAAGAGCAGAUUGUGAGGGUGAAUCUUCUGGCUCAAGAGGCUGGAUUCAUCGCAGAGGAACUGAACAAGAGGACUGAGUAUCUGGUCACACUGCAGAUCCCCGCUGCCAACCUGGAUGCCAACAGGAAGCGUGACGCUGUCCUGAGCGAGCCGGCUAUCCAAGUCCGUCGUAAAGGAAAAGGGAAGCAGAUCUGGGCCCUGGAGAAGAUGGAGAACAGACUGGUGGACAUGAGAGAGUUGUACCAGGAGUGGAAGGACUUUGAUGAGGACAACCCUGUGAUGCGGUCCUAUUUCAAACGUGCCGACCCGUUCUUCGAUGAGCAGGAAAACCACAGUCUGAUUGGCGUGGCUAACGUGUUCCUCGCUUGUUUGUUCUAUGACGUGAAGCUUCAGUAUGCAGUACCCAUCAUCAACCAGAAGGGGGAGGUGGCUGGCCGAUUGCAUGUGGAGGUGUGGAGAGGCACGGAGAGCUCCGAGGACAGCAGCGCUCAGGUUGACUCUCUGAGCUUAGAAGGAGAAACACAUGAGCGACAACUCUACUGUGUGGUGAAGCUGCUGCAGGCCACAGGACUCCCUCGCCACCUGUCAAACUUUGUGUUUUGUCAGUACCACUUUUGGGGUCAAGAGGAACCUGUGUUUGUGGCCCCAGAAAUGACCUCCCCUGGGUCGCCUUCUGCCUCCCGGGACCCACAGUGCACCGUGGUCUUUGACAGCGCCAAGGAGCUAAUUGUUUCUGUUUCGGAGGAUUUUGUGGAGUACUUGUCUGAAGGUGCUGUGGCGAUCGAAAUGUACGGACACAAACAAGCCAACCACCGCAGGAACCUGGCUCUGUGGGACCUGGGUGUCAUCCAGGCCAAGACCCGAUCACUGAGGGAGAGAUGGAGUGAGGUGACCCGGCGUCUGGAGCUGUGGGUGCAGCUGAUGGAGCUGAACGAUGCCGGAGAGUUCACCCCUGUGGAGGUCACAGCCGCUAAAGACGUGCGCACCGGAGGCUUGUUCCAGCUCAGACAGGGCCAGUCUCGCCGCGUGCAGGUGGAGGUGCGCUCUGUCCCGGACUCGGGGACAAUGCCACUGAUCGCCGCCUCCAUUGUGUCUGUUUCCAUUGGCGACGUCAAAGUCCGACAGGCUCCUCCCACCAGAGCUGCAGAGAUGCACUGGGGGGAGAAUGAAGAGAUGGACAGCUAUCAAGAGGUGGAUCUGGAGCGCAUGAGGCAGCAGUGGCUUUUCACUUUGACUCAGAGACAAGAAUACCUGGACCAACAGCUACAGAAGAUUGUCUCCAAACCUGAUAAAUCAGAGGACGAUGUAGAGCGAGAGUCUCAGCUGCUGGAGUGUCGUCUGACCCUGACUGAGGAGAGGAACGCAGUCCUGGUGCCGUCUGCGGGCAGCGGUAUCCCAGGAGCCCCAGUCGAGAGGGUCCCAGUCCCCGGAAUGGAGACGCACAUCCCAGUUAUCUUCCUGGAUCUCAGUGCGGACGAUUUCCAGUCCAGACUCUCUGCGCCUCUCUCCGGGGGUCUAGACAUGUUACUCACUGAAGAAGAUGAGGAUGAGUUCUUUGACCUGCACAUUGUCAAACAUUAUGAUCCAAAGGUGAAGGUGGAGGCGUCCUGGGACUCCACGGUGCAUGAGUGCCCUGAGCUGAGCCGCGCAGGAGCUGCAGACCUCCGGGUUUAUCUGACUGUGAAGACUGUGGUGCAGCUGUCUCACCCGGCCCAUAUGAGGCUGCUGCUGCGGAAACGCAUCUGUGUCAAUGUCACUGGCAGACAGGGCUUUGCUCAGAGUUUCCUGAAGAGAAUGUCGCAGCGCAGCACUAUCCCCGGCUGUGGAGUCACAUUUGAGAUCGUCUCUAACAUCCCAGGGGAUAUCCAUGGGCCAGAGGACAGGGAGAUGCUUGCUCGGCUGGCGGCCAGUGCAGAGGAAGACCCUACGGCGGACAGCGAGGCGGCCAUAGAGAAGUAUCUGCGCAGUGUUCUAGCGGUGGAGAACAUCCUCACUCUGGACCGACUGCGGCAGGAGGUUGCAGUAAGGGAACAACUGGCCGUGAGAGGAAAAGCCCAGAAGCACAGUCUGAGCUCUCCUAGUGUCAACCAGGGUUGGCAGAGUCACCAGGACCUGUCUCUGGCUCCUCCUGCCAAACCUCCUUCCAAACCUCCUGCUGCUCCCUCCAGCUCCUCCUCCCUGACCGGGAGCCUCCACCCAGACACUGGUUUUGCUGCAUCUUUUCUGCCCCCAGUGAAGUCCGUACCAAGGCUGCUCAUGUCAUUGCUUCCUGGAUCCAAGGACGACAAACCGGAACCCGCGCUCUCCCCCCCUCCUCAGCCCAGUCUUCCUCGGAUCAUGGUCCAGUCGGCGAGCGUCGAAGAAGGAAUGAGUCGACUUCUGCAACCAGUCCCCAUUGAGAAAAUCAUUCCAUUUGACAUCACUUUGGAGAGCCCUAAACCGGAUUACACCCCACCUCCAGUCAUCCCAGAGACCUCCACCCCGAGUCCGGUCAGCGAGUCGUCCAGCGGUUACAUGUCCACUAGCAUCUCCACGGCAACGCUCUCGGACGUUUACACGCUGAGCUGGGACCUGCCGCCUCCGUCCAACUCCAGAGAAGAAGAGCAACUGGAGGAGGAGGAGGAGAGCCAGGAGGAGAGCCAUCGCGAAUACCUCUUGGAUGACAAAUCGCUUACAGAGGAGCUGGAAAAAGAUUUGCAAAAGCGUCAACUGGAUCAAGAAAAAACAAACGGCGAUGUAGCUGAAAUAGUUCAACGUGAUGCUGAAGCUAGGAGCAAAGAAGAGGAAACGAUUGAUACUAUUGCGCCUGGUGACGAUGUAAAGCCGACCGAUUUUAUGGCAGAACAAAAGUCAAACGGACUAGAGCAGGCGUCGUCCAAACCACCAGCAGCCAGCCCGUUCAAGAUAACAAAAAAGGUCAAGUCCUCAGACCUGAAGUCCUUCCAGCCAAUUGUGGGCAAAGAGGAGUCAUCCACAGAGGGGUCCGGCGCUCCCAGCAUGCACCUCUCUGUCCCUACGGAGACGCUGGAGAUUAUUUCAGACUCUGAGGAAGGAGAGGCCAACGCCGUUUUGCCCGACUGGUUGAAGGUGGGAGAGUUUGUGACCUUCGGGGCAAACAAGUACGGAACCGUGCGCUACGUGGGGCCGACCGACUUCGCCCAAGGAACCUGGGUCGGCGUGGAGCUCGAGGUUCCGGCAGGUAAGAACGACGGCUCCGUGGGCGGUAAGCACUACUUCCACUGUAACCCUGGCUACGGGGUGUUGGUGCGUCCCAGCAGAGUGACCCGCGCCUCAGGGACCAGCAGCAGAAAACGCAGACAGCAAAAGCGACGCAGUGCGAACCUGUCCGGCUCCAGCCCAAACCUGGCGGCCCUCACCGCACUCGCCAAGGGGGAGGGGUCCUGUGGUGAGCUGUUGGAGCUUGUUCGAGCUAACCCGUUUGGUAGUCAGGGAUUUGAGGAUACUUAG